AUGGAUGAUGAUGGUACCAUUGUAACAAUUUCUAAUGGUAAAAUACAAGGAAAAACAAAAAAGAGUUUGGAGGAGCAGAAAUACUAUGCUUUUGAAGGGAUACCUUAUGCGGCACCUCCCACGGGAGACAAUAGAUUUAAGGCCCCACAAAAAGUAGAUGACUGGGAUGGAACUCUAGCAACAAAGAGAAAUGAAAAAGCUUGCUUACAAAUUAUUGCAGUCAUUCCACAAGGAUCUGAGGACUGUCUGUAUCUGAACGUAUAUACUCCUGCGGAUUUAAAAAGCAGCAACAGUCAAUCUCUACCUGUACUUGUAUGGUUCCAAGGUAGUGCAUAUCAGUCCGGUUCUACAUCAGAUGUUAAACCAGUUUAUUUCAUGGAUUAUGACGUUAUACUUGUAACUGUCAACUAUAGACUAGGAGUAUUUGGAUUUUUAUCGACUGGUGAUGAUGUCGCUAGUGGUAACUGGGGUUUAAAAGAUCAACGGUUUGCUUUACAAUGGGUAAGGAAAAAUAUAGAACAGUUCGGUGGUGACCCAGAUAAAGUAACUAUAGGAGGACAAAAUUCCGGUGCCAGUUCAGUUGGUUUCCAUAUGUUGGCCAAUACUCAUAGAAGGAUUAAGAAAGGAUUAUUUAGAUCAGUUAUCUCAGAAAGUGGAUCAGCUCUGUGUCCGCAAUAUUUCCAAUCCGAUCCAAAGAAGUACGCAGAUGAGUUGGCUACGUUAAUUGACUCUUCUUUUAAAGGAGACUCAGAAGACUUAAUAGCAUUACUACGAAAACAAACGCCUGAAAAACUUACUAGAUUAGCUAAUGCCAUAAAGUUACGUCAUUUACCUGUGAACGAUCCCAUUCAAUCGAUAUUCAUCUUUAAUAUAUGGUUACCAGUCAUCGAAGAUAGUGAUAGUGAUAGCGCCUUAAUAUAUCAUUAUGUAGCAGCGUUAAAUUUUGCCUCAAGAAUAGAUGACAAUCCUCAAACUCUAGUAUUUGAUAACCUUAAUGUAGAUGAUAAAACUCAAACUGGAAAAGAUUUAAGAGCAAUAUACACUUCCUCAUUUAAGGACAACAAAGGACUACUCUUGGAAUUCUUUAGUGACAAUUUGUACUCAACUCCCAUAAUACGUCAAGCAGAGUUGGUAUCCAAGAAAUCACCUGUUUAUCUUUACGAAUUUGCCUAUAGAGGAUCAAACAAAGCGCUUCGGUUUGAAGAUGCCGAUAAUGUUGCCCAUACAUUUGAAUUAAGAUAUUUAUUUGGUGAUAAAAAGUUCAACAGACAAAAUGAUAAGUUGAUACAUGAACGUAUGAUGAAGAUGUGGACAAAUUUUGUUAAAUACAUGAAUCCUACUCCUGAUGAUGACGAUGACCUAAUAAAAUGGCCUAAAGUGAAAUCUUCAAAUAUGGAAUACCUUAUAAUUAAUUCUACCUUGGAGGUGUCUUCACAACCAAAAAGAUACAAAAAGUGGAAGUCCGUUUUGGGAGAACAUUUAUCAAGUCCCUAUUGGGUUUAUUAA